CUCAACAAAUCAACGCACACAUACACUCUCUCUCUCUCUCUCACACAAAUAUUAAGAAAGGUUUGUCUGUUCUUUGUUCUGUCUUUCAUCUGCCCUUGUCAAAGGCUUAGAACUCUACAUACAGUUAGCCAUGGCUGAAGAGUUGAGUGAUGAGCAGAUUGUGGAGUUCAAAGAAGCUUUCACUCUAUUCGACAAAGAUGGAGACGGUUGCAUUUCCCUGGAGGAGCUGGCAACGGUUAUUAGCUCAUUGGAUCAGUGCCCAUCAGAAAAGGAGCUGCGGGAGAUUAUCAGCGAAGUCGAUGCAGAUGGUAAUGGAACGAUAGAGUUCGCUGAGUUUCUCAAUUUGAUGGCUAACAACAUCAAGGAGACUGAGGCAGAGGAGGAACUCAAAGAGGCCUUCAAAGUUUUCGACAAGGACCAGAAUGGAUACAUUUCUGCUUGUGAGUUGAGGAACGUCAUGAUAAGUCUAGGAGAGAAGCUGACGGAUGAAGAAGUGGAGCAGAUGAUCAGAGAGGCAGACUUAGAUGGGGACGGCCAAGUGAACUACGAUGACUUCUUCAAGCUGAUGAUGUCCGCUGGAUGACAUCAAAGAGUCUUGAUCAUCUUUUCUUAACAGGAGAAGCAGAUAUUUCUUUUUUCUUUUGGUGGUCUCUGACCGAUUGUUAUCAUUCUUUCAUUUCUAUGCAAGAAAUUUCCAUGUCCUCGAUAUUUAUGUUUCCGAAAAGAAAUAUUGCGGGACAGUUCAUGAUGUUGGUCCCAUAUCAUUUUCCUGAUAAUGGAGUAUUCUGAUGUUGCUGGUUGUAGAUUUUGUGGGGGAACAUAGGAUUAAUUUCCUUGAAUCAUGAUUGUUAACAUGAGAGUAGAUCUAAUCUUAUCCAGCAGUUGUGAUGAAAUGCUCUCCGAAAUUUGAUCUGGAAAGCAGAACCGAAGGCAGUCCCAAAGAAGAAAUUCAUGUUUCUAGGCAGAUCUAUUUGCAGCAACCAGUUGGUCAAUCUCCGAACCAAUGUCCACAGCAAAUCCAAAUAGAUGUGGGAGUUGGCCUUUUUUUUGGGCCUGAUGACGUAAACCGAUGGCAUGGGGCUGCCUUCGGAAUCAAUAUGGCUUGCCUAGUGAGAUUGUCAAACACAAAGAUAUAUUCCUGCUUCAAGCCGUUGGUGGGAUUGCAUUAAUUGUCCUUGCUCUCAAUAUGAGCGUCAGGAGAGGCGUCUCCUACUUCAUUUGUGAAGCUUUUAUGGAUGUAAAGACUCUCAUCGUUUCAGUCUGCGCCUCCUUGUCUGGUUUCAGAAUUGAGAAGGACAAGGCCCAGAAAAGAUGGUUUGAAAGUUGGAAGUAUAACAAUCUUCAUAUCCUGGGCAUCGUGGCUUCUUCUGCGAUUACUUUCCCGUACAACAAGCAACUUGAGAGUUUGUCCAGAGUAUCUCCAUUUCCAAGCUGACAUCGUCAUUCCAGAGCUUGAGAUCAUUGUCAGGGGACACUGUUGGCUUGAAGAGCUCUGAUCAUGUUCUCAAACUGACGGGCUUUUCCUAGAGGGACAGGGGAUGUCAAGUCAAUGGUCGAGUAUGGAAGGGUAGAACGGUAAUCCAGUGGAAGUGAAUUGCAGGGAAAACUCAAUUCGUUUUCCACGGGGAAAUGGGUUACUUGUUACGGAAGACGCUGGUCACACCCAUUUGAACGAACAUGGUGAUGAGCAAGCUUGUUUUUAAUGACUCUGGAUUUGAGCAAGAAGAGAAGAUGUCUUUUUACAUGAGGGAGAAAAACAUGUUAGAGGGAAUCCAACAGAAGCAGCUCUUCCUUGUGAUGAUGGAAUGCCUAAAGAUGUUUGCGGACAUGGAUCGUCUAACCCGCAGCAGUGGGGUCUGCGGAUUGUGUUCAGGACCGCAUCUUGGCCAACUGGCUCUCUCGUAGAGUGUACAUAACGGUUCUAAAUAGACUGAUAUACAGCUAUCCAAAGUCUCUAAGGUUGUGUUUGUUUGGACUUAAGUGCUGAAAUUUAAGUGCUAAAUGAAAUAAGU